GUGGAAAGCUCGUAGUCAUAAACCCAGAAGAAGACCAAACAGAGCCAUCAUCCAUGGAGGUCCAUCCUUCCCAAGACGAGCCCACUGGGGUCAAAACCAUUGUCUCAUUCUACUCCAAUUAUCUAUGGAACCGAUUCUCCACUUUCCUUCCCUCCUCCGACUCAAAAUUUCUCGGGCAAAUCUCCAAUCUCUUCCGUCAAACAGCCCGCGUCUCUUCUUCCAGACGCAGGCAUUACAUCCAUCUCCCCUUGCCCUCCUACACUCCUGAAUCUUCUCUGGUUGUGAAAGAGUCAUCUGUAGUGUAUGAUGUUUUGGAGGACAUAAUGGAGCACAUCUUUGUAAAAUUGCAUAGUGUAGAAAAGAAUUUGCAAUUUUGGCAAUCUAGAGCAGAGGGAUCUAAUUAUCGGAAAUUAUACUUUAUGAUCUUUGAGAGAGGGCCUCGAGCUUUCGUUGACGGAACAGUUCAGUUGGUGCAACAAUGCGUUGUUGAGGGUCCUUCAAUGCAGCAUCUAUGCCAAUCUGCAUCUGCUUAUAUAUCUGAGAGGCUGGCUGUUUUAACCACAUUAAGGCGCGUGCUUGCUACAUUAUUGGCUGAGGUUUACAUGGAAGUUGAUAGAUGUGGAAAAGAGUUAGUGAAGGAUCCAGAAAAGUCAUUCCCCUCAUUGCUAGUUACUAUUAAUGGUUUAUUUUCAAAUUUGGAGGCAUCAAUUGGUCAUCUACAUGCAAUACGCAGGACUAAUUCUUCUGUUGAUGGAAGCUAUUCAUUCCCUCUACUGUUUGAGAGACUACCAGAAGUUAAUCAAGAAGGCUCUCAGUGGACUGAAUGUGAAAUUGCAGAUGCCAUCAACUUGGUUAAUAAAAAUAUUCAGAAAUUGGACUCCUACUUAUCUCUUAUAGUUGCCAAACACCAAAAGCCAAAGAAAGUAACACAGUACUGGAUUCGUUAUACAUGUGGUGCAGUUGGCCUAUCUGUUUGUUCUAUGUGGCUCCUGAGGCAUAGUCGUUUGAUGGGAAGUCCCGAUAUUGACAAUUGGAUUUGUGAAGCAAAGGACUCAGCCAUUAGCUUCUUUAAUGAACAUGUGGAGCAACCGCUUCUGUUGAUCAGAGAUGACCUUUUUGAGACAUUCAGGAAGAGACACAAAGGGGUAAUGGAGAUAGAAGAAUUGCAGCUGACUGCAAAUUCUUUGCACAGAAUGUUAAUGGCUUUUAGCGAGCAGACAAAAGGACAAAAGUUUCCCGAGAAUGCAUCAGAUCAGGAAAUGCUCGAAAUAGUUAUGGCAAGGUAUGAGAAGGAACUUGUGAAUCCUAUUCAAAAUCUUCUGAGUGGGGAGCUUGCUCGUGCUUUGCUAAUCCAGGUUCAGAAGCUAAAACUGGACAUUGAGACGGCAAUGCUUGAACUCGAUCAGAUUCUCAAGGCUAAUGAAAUCAACUUUGCUAUUUUAGCUGCCUUGCCAGCAUUUUUUCUCUCUCUUAUGCUGCUAAUGUUAGUACGUGCAUGGUUUAAACAGGAUACUAAAGCAGUAGGAAGGGGGAGAAUUGCUCGGUGCCAAAGGAGGCUACUCUUAGUGGAAGUUGAAAAAAGGAUUUUGCAGUACCAAUCAUUUGUUGACCAAGGACUGGAAAAAGAGUCGCAAUGCAUGUUCGGAUUGGUGUUAUACAGUUUGGAUUGCCUGUUUCAUGCUGUUAAGAGGCAUGCAAAAGAAACUGGUGAAUGGCAAUGCUUGCCAGUGUUAUGUCAAACAGUUUAAGGCAGGACAUUAUUGAUUUGGGACAACCCAGCCUUCAAACUACAUAUAAGCUUGUGGUGACAUCACGAAUGGCGCGUGUCUACGAGUGCUUGCUUCCUUCAUUAAAACAGCCAUAGCUUUUUUCCUUUCUUCCCAUGAGUUUUACUAAACCCCUCCUCGAAAUAAAUUAUAAAAUAAGAAAAAA